GUGGCCACGUCAGACUCCUUUCCCAGCCCCCGCCGUCUCCUCGUGAGAGAGCCAAGCCAGCCCGGCCGCCCAGCCACGCAUGCGCGCCCCGCCCGGCCCAUGACGGGAGUCUGAACGGCCGCCGCCGCCUCGGGGUGACUGACUGACUGACUGGCUGCCUCUUGCCGACUGGACGGGGCACGAGGAAGGAGGAGGGCGCGGCGGAGCGGGACCACCACGCCUCAAGUCGCCUUCCCCCCUCCCCACAUAUACGAAGGCGGUCGGAAGUGACGGAGUCCGCCUCACAAUGGAAAGCGCCCUGACAGCCCGGGAUCGGGUGGGAGUUCAGGACUUUGUCCUGCUUGAGAACUUCACCAGUGAAGCUGCUUUCAUUGAAAACCUGCGGAAGCGGUUCAAGGAGAACCUGAUCUAUACCUACAUCAGCUCCGUCCUGGUCUCUGUGAACCCUUACAAGGACCUGGAGAUCUACAGUAAGCAGCACAUGGACCGUUACCGCGGCGUCAGCUUCUAUGAAGUCUCUCCUCACCUCUAUGCCAUUGCUGACAAUGCCUAUCGCUCGCUGCGCACAGAGAGGAAGGACCAGUGCAUCCUGAUAUGCGGGGAGAGCGGGGCUGGUAAGACGGAAGCCACCAAGAAGAUCCUGCAGUACUAUGCUGUGACCUGCCCAGCCAGUGAGCAAGUGGAGACCAUCAAGGACAGGCUGCUACAGUCCAACCCGGUCCUUGAGGCUUUUGGGAAUGCAAAAACCCUGCGCAACGACAAUUCCAGUCGGUUUGGGAAAUACAUGGAUGUCCAGUUCGAUUACAAGGGGGCUCCCAUUGGGGGCCACAUCCUGAACUACCUCCUUGAGAAGUCACGAGUCGUGCACCAGAAUCAUAGCGAGAGGAACUUCCAUAUUUUCUACCAGCUGCUGGAGGGUGGGGAGGAGGAGCUGCUCAGGAGGCUGGGGCUUGAGAAGAGCCCCCAUCAGUACCAGUUCCUCGUGAAGGGUCAGUGUGCAAAAGUCAGCUCCAUCAACGAUAAGAGCGACUGGAAGGUUGUGCGAAGGGCCCUGUCUGUCAUUAAUUUCAGUGACAAUGAAGUGGAGGAGCUGUUGAGUAUCGUUGCCAGUGUCUUGCACUUGGGGAAUGUGCAGUUUGCUGCUGACGAACAGGGCAGCGCUCAAGUGACCACGGAAAACCAGAUCAAAUACCUGGCCAGGCUCCUGGGGGUUGAAAGUUCUCUGCUCCGGGAGGCUCUGACCCACAAGAAGAUCAUUGCCAAGGGGGAAGAGCUGAUCAGCCCCCUCAAUCUGGAGCAGGCCGCCUAUGCACGGGAUGCGCUCGCCAAGGCAGUCUAUGGGCGCACGUUCUCCUGGCUUGUGAACAAGAUCAACAAGUCACUUGCAUACAAGGAAACAGAGCGCCUGGGCUGGAGAAGAAGCUGCUCUGUCCUGGGGCUGCUGGACAUCUAUGGAUUUGAGGUCUUCCAGCAUAACAGCUUUGAGCAGUUUUGCAUCAACUAUUGCAAUGAGAAGCUGCAGCAGCUCUUCAUAGAGCUCACACUGAAAUCCGAGCAGGAAGAGUAUGAGGCUGAGGGCAUUGCGUGGGAGCCUGUCCAGUAUUUUAAUAACAAAAUCAUCUGUGACUUGGUGGAAGAGAAAUUCAAAGGCAUCAUUUCAAUUUUGGAUGAGGAGUGCCUGCGGCCUGGGGACGCCACGGAUAUGUCCUUCUUGGAGAAGCUGGAGGAGACGAUAAAGAACCACCCUCACUUCCUCACGCACAAGCUGGCAGAUGCCAAGACACGGAAGUCCUUGGGCCGGGAAGAAUUCCGUCUCCUGCACUAUGCUGGAGAGGUCACCUACAGUGUUGCGGGUUUCCUGGACAAGAACAAUGACCUUCUGUUCCGGAACCUCAAAGAGGUCAUGUGCAAUUCGGAGAAUCCCAUUGUCAACCAGUGCUUUGACAGGACAGAGCUGACAGACAAGAAGAGGCCAGAGACAGCAGUGACUCAGUUCAAGAAUAGCCUCUCAAAGCUCAUGGAAAUCCUGAUGUCCAAGGACCCUUCCUACAUUCGCUGUAUUAAGCCCAAUGAUGCUAAACAGGCUGGCCGUUUUGAUGAAGUCUUGAUCCGGCAUCAAGUGAAAUACUUGGGCUUGAUGGAGAACCUGAGAGUGCGCAGGGCUGGCUUUGCUUAUCGGCGGAAAUAUGAAGUCUUCCUCCAAAGGUACAAAUCGCUGUGUCCCAAAACGUGGCCCACCUGGGAUGGGAGGUCCCACGAUGGAGUGGCUGUGCUCUUGAAACACCUUGGCUAUAAGCAAGAAGAAUAUAAGAUGGGCAGGACAAAAAUAUUUAUUCGUUUCCCCAAGACUCUUUUUGCAACAGAAGAUGCCCUGGAAAUCCGGAAACAGAGCCUGGCCACAGAGAUCCAGGCAGCCUGGAGAGGCUUCUAUCGGCGGAAGAAAUUUCAACAGAUGAAGCUUUCAGCCAUUGCUAUUCAGUCUUGGUGGCGUGGGACUCUGGGACGGCGCAAGGCUGCCAAGAAGAAAUGGGCAGCGGAGACCAUUCGGCGGUUCAUCAAGGGUUUCAUUUACCGAAAUUACGCUCGCUGCCCUGAGAAUGAAUACUUCCUGGACUAUAUCCGCUACUCCUUCCUGAUGAACUUGAGGCGGAACCUGCCAAAGAGUGUUCUGGACAAGUCCUGGCCAGUGCCCCCACCGUCACUGAGAGAGGCAUCCCAGCUGUUGAAAGAGCUCUGUAUGCAGAACAUGGUCUGGAGCUACUGCAAGAGAAUCAGCCCAGAGUGGAAACAGCAGCUGGAGCAGAAAGUGGUGGCCAGCGAGAUGUUUAAGGGCAAAAAGGACAAUUAUCCUCAGAGCGUCCCUCGGCUGUUCCUUAACACCCGCCUUGGUAGUGAAGAGAUAAAUGCCAAGAUCUUUCAUGUGCUGGGAAAUGAGACCCUCAAGUAUGCAGUUCCUGUGACAAAGUAUGACCGCAAAGGCUACAAGGCCAGAGCCCGGCAGUUGCUGCUCACCCAGAAUGCAAUUGUGCUGGUUGAAGAGUCCAAGAUCAAGCAGCGGAUUGACUAUGGCAACCUGUCAGGCAUCUCGGUCAGCAGCCUGAGUGACAGCCUCUUUGUUCUUCAUGUGGUCCGGGAGGAUAACAAGCAGAAGGGAGAUGUUGUGCUACAAAGUGAUUUUGUGAUCGAGACUUUGACCAAAAUCGCAAUCUGUGCCAACAAAGUGAACAGUGUGAAUAUCAACCAGGGCAGCAUAAAGUUCACAGUUGGACAAGGCAAAGAGGGAACCAUUGACUUCACGUCAGGAUCUGAACUGCUGAUAGCCAAAGCAAAGAAUGGCCAUCUUGCGGUAGUGGCUCCUCGUCUGAACUCUCGAUGACAAAAAUUGCCCUUCUGGAAGGGAUCACACUUGCUGACAUUCUGUAAUCUUGGCUGGACAUUUUCCCUGCCAACCUUUUGGGGGGUGGGGGCUGCUUUGCGAACAUUCUUUCUAGCUACCAAAGACCUGCACAUCCAAAGAAUUCUCCUGUAAUUAUGUCCUUUGGUUGUCAUCAUACGAGACAGAAGCCUUUGCCCUUUCAUAGGUGCCGCUGUGCUCCCUGGACAUAGUUUGGCUGCGGCAUAUGUCAAGCCUGGACACAAAACAGCAGCAGGAGAAAACCUCUGUAGAGUUGUCAGCCAACUAAAUGAAAUGCCAAAUUUUAUACUAAAAAUAUUUUAUGAAGACAUUUUCUCCUAGAUUUUUGAUGCUUUGUAUGAAAAUAUAAAAGCCAUAAUGUACACAGGAGUGAAAUUCUGUAAAUAUGUCCUAGCUCAUUGUAUGGGAUGUUUGCACUAUGAAAACUAUUUUCUUAUUGGAAGAGCUGUUGUAGCAAUCCAAUGCCCUUUUGAUUUCCUCUGUUGGGAGUCUUGUGGCCUCUUAAGAACAAAAACUCCUCUUGAAUAGUUUUUGCCGCAACACAGCUAGCUGCUACUCUGGAAAUUUCUGCUGGGAGUUAACAGCUAUUGGCCAAGAUGGGGUCUGUUUCUGCACGCAGUUUUACUGCAGCCAGCUUAGUUUGUUGUGAAAGUCAGCAAUGGACUCCCCCACUGGGGGGUGGCUGGUUAUAUCCCCAUGCCUUUUCAGGGUAUUUAUUUCAUCACAAAGUGACAAGCAUGGAAACCAAAUCAGCUCAAAUAUGCCUUUUUAAAGUGCUAUUUCAGGAAUGCUGAAAUGCUUAAUUUAGACUCAAAAGCGUUUGGCGUUACAACCCUUGGUUUUCUGAGGCACAAGUAUUAAUUUAUUUUUCAUCGCUGUUAAAACACUAGAUCAGCAUUUUGGUUUUGAUAACCUUUUGUGAAACACUUCAGCAACCUAAUUUGCCUUUUGCAGGGAUCCAGUUUGAUCAUUUGUUUAAUACUAUAAGACAAAAAAGGAGGUGCUAGUUUAUGUGUCUCUUGAGACUAGCUAAAUUUGUCAGUAACUCUAAAAAUAGCGUUUGCAAAGAUCAUGCAUCAGUCCAAAGGAAAAACAUUUUUAGUAAAAAAAAAAAUGUGGAAACAAGUUGCUUAUACAGUUGGACUAGACAACCUGUGGGGUUUUUUGGAGGGGGUAUGGACACUAUUUGAUUUUGUAUUACUGAUGGACAAAAUGUACAACUGUGUGUGUGUCUGUUCAACAUCCCACGCUUGCCACUGUCCUUUAAAAGCCCAUCUUAUGAUACUCUAUUUUUUGCCUACUUGGGAAUAAAUGCUGUACCAGGCUGGGGAUGCUGUCCAUGCUAUAGUGUAUAUAAGAUCUAAUGCUCUAUGCACUAUGCUAUAUAAAUGCCAAAUAAAUUUUUACUAAAAUCUGAA